AUGAAUUUACCAACUUCAAUUUUUCAUUUCAGUUAAGAAAACAAUUCUUAAUUAAUUGAAAUUCUUUAAUGUUUGUAAUAAACACAUUACAUAAUUGAUUUGAAUGUAAUAGAAUUAAAUGUAAUAUAUAUAGAUGAUUCUAACAUCUCCUUUGCAUUAAACAAUAAGUAAUCUAACUAUUAUUUUAGAUUAAGUAUUACCUACAAGAUUGGAAAAGUAUUUUAUACAAUUUAAUCUAGCUAUAUGAUAAUAAACAUUUAACAAGAUUAAAAUAUUACAAAUUACAUAUCAAAUUUGUCACUCAAUGAAUUCUUUAAUCAAAUUCAAUAUGAUUAAAUACUCCAAUUUGCAAACCCUCUUGGUAAUGAUAUGUAAAUAGUUUAAGCUUAGUGAUCCAAAAAAAAGAACAAAAAUAAUACUAAACUAUAAACACACAAUCUGAUAGAUAAAUUGGUUUUUAAUAAGUAAUAAUUAUUUAAUAAUUAAAGAUAAAAACAAAUGGAUUUUUAACAAAUUAGAUUUUCAAUAGCAAGAUCAAUAAAACUAGAUCAAUUAGUCCAUAACCUAUUAGUACAAUUAGUAAUAAGACUCAAUCUAAUACAUAAUCUCAAAUCCCUAUUAUACCAAUACAAUCCUAAAUUAUAACAGAUUAAUUUAUGAACUUAAAUCCAAAUUUAUCAAAUUUUAGUAAUAAUAGUAUAAUUAAUGAUAAACCAUAAACCCAUUAAUAGAAGUAUUAAUUAAAUAAAUGGACUGAUGAAUCUAAAGAAAAAUUGUUUCAAGAUAAUUUUAUGAUAAAAGAGGAAAUUACAAAUUAAGUUGAAUCAAAUAAAAUAGUAAUUAACAUAAAUGAAGAUCCUUAAUUUUAUUAAUAAUUGAAAAAAGCAUCUCCAAAAUUGAAAUAAAUUAAGGGGUCAGGAUUAUCACCAGAAUCAUAUCAUUAAAAUAAAUCUUAAUCUCCAGAAGUUCUAUAAGUAAAUCUGAAAAAUCAUUGUAAAAAAUGGGAAAUUACUUAAAAUAAUAAAUAAUAAUCAUAAGCUAUUAAAAAAUUACCUUAAUAAUUUAAAUAAUUAUAAUGUGAAAAUAGUAAAAGAUCCAAUAUUAGUAAACCUUUUGAAUAAAAUAAUACUAAAUUUGCUGUUAUUUAAUCUAGUAGAACUGCCUAAUAGAAAAAUACUAGAUUACUCAAAUAAUUAGCAUUCCAAGAUUCUAAGAAUGAAAAUCAAAUGAAUAUUAUAUAAAGUGAAAAAAAACUCACUCCUAGAAUAAAUGAAAAGGAUUAUAAAGAUUCUUAAAUAAUGUUUAGUGAAUAAUAAUAAUAAUACUCUAAAAGUAGAAGUCAAAAUAAAAAAUAAGAUGAAUAAUAUAAUAAUUAUAUUCAUCAUCAUAGUUAGAAUAUUAAAGAUUAGAUUAUUAUUAAACCUUAAUAUGCAUGGAUUAAAUAAGAAAUACCUCAACAAAUAAUCUCAUAAAAAUUAAUAGAAUCAAAGUAUAUUAGAGGAAUUUCACCUUAAAAUAAACCCAUUCCACAAUAAUUUACUUUCAUUCAAUAACCUCCAAUACCACCAUUAUAGGAACCAAUAUAAAUAAAAAUAGACAUCAAAUAGUUCAUGAAUAUUAAUUAAACAAAAGAUUAAUAGCGAUCUAUCAGUCCAAUAUAUAAUUAAAGAUAAAAUAUAGGUAAUAUAUAAAUUAAAUUAGAAGUGAAUAAUGAAAUGGGAGAUCUUAUUUUGUAAAUUUGA